UGCUCGCGUUUACUUCCUCGGUGAAUGCUGCAGUGCUUCAUGCUUGCAUGAUAAUACUGAAUGGGAUCUAUCCCCAAACAGCACUGGGACUUGUCCAAACAAGGAGGAGUGAGAUGUGACAACAGCGGACAGCUUGCAAAAAGAGAAGAUAAAAAGCAAAAAAAGAAGUGCAUGGGGGGAAUGCACACAACUUUUUUCCUAGUGUUCAGAAACUUCUAGUAGUUUUCAGUUACAGAAAGAAAUAUUCUGUUACCAGCCUCUGAUCCCUUCGCCCGGCAGCUUCAAGGCCGAGGUUCACCAGCACCCGCCAUCCGCAGCUGUAUCAGUAUUUAAUUAACGCCUCGCCCGGCAGGCCAGAGCAUCUUUCACCGUAAAUACCAUUUCCCAGGAUUUCGCUGAUCCUGGGAUCAACAUACCUUACUGCAUAUUCAUAAGCUGUUGCCACUGCCCCUGUAGCAGCAAUGGCAGCUUCUAGCAGCAGCAGCGAGGAGGAGCGUAGUCUUCGGGAAUGUGAGCUUUAUGUCCAAAAACACAACAUCCAGCAACUUCUGAAGGAUUGCAUUGUACAGUUAUGCACAGUGAGACCUGAAAGACCCAUGGGAUUCCUCAGAGAAUACUUUGAAAGAUUGGAGAAGGAGGAAACAAAACAGUUGUUGAAUCAACAGAAGUCUGGUUCUCGCUCAGACUCACGGGAGGAUGAAAUCUCUCCUCCUCCUCCUCUGAACCCUGUGGUUAAGGGUCGAAGAAGGCGUGGGGCCAUCAGUGCAGAAGUCUAUACAGAAGAGGAUGCUGCAUCUUAUGUUAGAAAGGUUAUUCCAAAAGAUUAUAAGACUAUGGCUGCUUUGGCAAAAGCUAUAGAGAAGAAUGUGCUGUUUGCCCAUCUUGAUGAUAAUGAAAGAAGUGACAUCUUUGAUGCAAUGUUCCCUGUCACUUACAUUGCAGGAGAGACUGUCAUACAGCAAGGUGAUGAAGGUGAUAACUUCUAUGUUGUUGAUCAAGGAGAAAUGGAUGUUUAUGUGAACAGCGAGUGGGCAACCAGCGUUGGUGAGGGUGGAAGCUUUGGAGAACUUGCCCUUAUAUAUGGAACUCCCCGCGCUGCAACUGUCAAAGCAAAGACGAAUGUGAAGUUGUGGGGCAUUGAUAGAGAUAGCUAUAGAAGGAUCCUGAUGGGGAGUACUUUGAGAAAGAGAAAGAUGUAUGAGGAAUUCCUUAGUAAAGUAUCUAUAUUGGAAUCUCUGGACAAGUGGGAGCGUCUCACGGUAGCUGAUGCAUUGGAACCGGUACAGUUUGAGGAUGGGCAAAAGAUUGUGGUCCAGGGAGAGCCAGGAGAUGAGUUCUUCAUUAUCUUGGAGGGCACAGCUGCAGUGUUACAGCGUCGAUCAGAAAAUGAAGAAUUUGUUGAAGUGGGCAGACUGGCACCUUCUGAUUAUUUUGGUGAAAUAGCUCUGUUGAUGAACCGUCCCCGUGCUGCCACAGUUGUUGCUCGUGGCCUGUUGAAAUGUGUAAAGCUUGAUCGACCCCGAUUUGAACGUGUCCUGGGUCCGUGCUCGGAUAUCCUCAAGCGAAACAUCCAGCAGUACAACAGUUUUGUAUCGCUGUCUGUCUGAAACCUUCCUCCCUAUCCAAAACAUGCUUCACGAAUGCAGACUGCUUUAUUACCCUUGUGCAGAGCCACAUUGCCACUGGCAUUUGCAGCUUCCUGUCUGUUUAAAAAAAGAAAAAAAAAAAAAUACUGCUUAUCAUGGCACUGUUUUUAAUUUAGAGCAUAUUAGUUUUGUGCUCUCUGUCCCAUUAAAUUAAUAGAAAAAGUUCUAUGGAGAUGUUUGCUCUUACGGCUUCUCUCUGUGCAACAGUGUCCAACUCAGGCAAACGCAGCCUUGCUUCAGCGAGGGAGAGAUCUCCUGGCACCAUGCCAAUUGCCAUAGAGUAAGGAGGUGACAGCAGAGGGGGGGAAAAAUUCUUUUAAAGGUGUUUCUCAAAUUGUUGGACAGAUUUUUAAGGCUGUGGUCAUAAUCUGCUGUAUUUCUUUUCAAAUGAGAACUGCCCUUGUAAUUGAGCUUCUUGGGGCUUGGGGUUUUCUUUUUUUAAUUUUCUGGGUACUGUAAUCCUGGGUUCAGUCGUGAGGCAUCAGCUGCUAAGAAAGCCACAGUUGGAAUUUAACAGUAUAAUUGUUCCUGUGUCUGCUGGUUUAAGAUUGCUUAGUUAUGUUUUCGUCAAGUGUAAAUCAAAGCUUUCAAGGUUGAUAGUUCUGGUGAACUACUGCAGUUGUUACUUAAUUUGCUGACUUGCUGCAACUGAUUUUCUUUUUCUUGUUCUUUCUUCAGCGAUAGAUAUGCCAUUUAAAACUCUUCCUGUUCAAAGUGGCAAGAACCAAAUGUUACAUGAAAUGCCUGACUUUGGUCUCUAGUACAUAGAUUGGUGUAAGAAUGGUGCAGCUGUCCAGCUGUUAGUAAUGUUCAAGUACUUAGAUUGGUGUAGAAAUUGGAAGCAAACAUUUUAUUUUCCCUGUGACUCUUGCUUGCUUUGUAUUCCUCAGUUGACUUUUUUAAAACAAGAUAUCAGUUCAGGUGACCCUUUGUUACCAGGGAAAAUAAAUGUUGAGUAUUUAUGGCCAGCAUCAGUUGCAGGUGGCAAGAUUGCUGGUCUAUAUAGAUGCCAUUAUUCUUGGUAGAGAAUGUGAGGCAGAAAAAGUGAAUGUUUUAACUUUCCUGCAACACUCAGUUAUUUUAAGUUUUUAAAUCAGUCAAUUCAUAAUUUUUAAAAUGGUUAAUUAUAAUCUAGUUUAAAUACAAAAGGUGCAUUCUCUUUCCUUGCUUAUGGAAUUUACAUGAUACGUUUCAUACUCACUCUUUUUUUCCAAGUUCAACAUGUUGCAGAGUCUUAAAUGUAUUUCAGUAUUUACCAGCUUUGUGUUCCAUUAUUCUGUGCGCACCAAUACUUCCCAAAAGUUUUUACUGAAUUCCACGGUUCAAUAAUGGUAGGCAAUUUUUAAGGUUUCCUUUAAACUGUAAUUUAUAUAAAGUAGUGUAGGUUUGUAUUUGGGAGUGACAGCAAGCAGUUUUGCAUUUGUUGUGCAACUACUUCUAACGAUGGAGCCUUCAUUUUAUUUCCUUUCUGAGUUGAUAUGGAUUCAAAUUCAACAGACUUUCUCCCAGGCAUGUAGAUAAUCAGAAAGAGUCUGCUAAUGGAUGCAAAAUAAUACUGAGGGUAUCAAGCCUUUACAAAAGGUUUCAGGGUGUUUCUGAACCUGAAAUCCCAAUAAUGGGAUUUAAACGCUUGUGGUUUGAGUUCUCUAUUCAGAAGAUGUUGAGUAGAGGAUUUCUGCCAGAGUCCUUAAGGAGUAAGCAAAUGCUACCUUUUUGGUUCUUUUUUUUGUGUUUUUUUUAAACCUGUUUUCUUAAGUUUUGACUCUAUCCAGGUUUUUUCUUCAUAUGUGUUUCUUGUGUUAUAUUAAAGCACCAAAACCUGUAAACUAGUUAGAGCUCCACAAAAAAAUGCACAUUUUUUUUAUAUAAGGCUUUCUAAUCAAGUUUCACUACUGCAUCUUUUUAGCUUGCUGUUUACUCCCUUUUGUAGUUUUACCUACAAGAUUUUAAGAUAAAUCAGCUAAGUCUGAGUUAAAUAUUAAUCACAGUUAUAGCUUUACCUUUGUGUGCAAUUUAAAUAUGUUUGAAACCACAAUUGGCAUAGUUUUGCCUUAGCUAACAUUCAGGGCUUUAGAAGUAAUUUUUUGCUAGUCCACCUUUAGCGAAUUUAUGAAGUCUAUUGCCCUAGAAAGCUAUAGUCAACCAGAGGACCAUUUUUGUAUUGUUACCUGACUAUAUAAGUCUGAUUUACUGUAUGUGCUAAUAUAUUAUAUUAUAUUCCUUUUGUUAUAGAUUGUCCUAAUGGCAGGUAAAGCAAUAAAAUGAUUUAAAUUCUUAAAUGCAA